UUGAGGGCAGCCCGUACAUGUCAACAGAACGUUGACGGCAUAUGGUUGCCUCGCCGUGUGUCGACAAUGAUGGUUGCGUGUGGCUUGCAGGAGGAUCAGUCGACUGAAUCAUUUCGAAACCGAGUCAGACGACAUGAGGGAGAAUGGAGAUCGUGAUUUUCUUAUUUUCUUUAUUUCUGAAAUAUUCCAAACCUCUCUUCAUAUGGCUGUUGGCGUUCUCAUUUCUUUGUUCGGAUAUCUGUUGGAUCAAGAAUCCGCCAACGAUUGGCAUGGUCCCCGAUAUAAAAAAAAACUUAAGGCGUACUUUGUCAGAUGCAACGACAACCAACUCGCCCAGCUCUAUUUGUUGGUUGACGCGGCCGGCAGCGCGGAUGCGUUGAGUCUGCGCAGACACAUAAAGUACAUCAUCCACUGCAGCUGCGCGAUGUACCUCCCCGACCAUGGGGCCCAUGAGAUCAAAUCACCAGCUUUGAGAAGUACGAGCUAUCCCAGGGACAAGGGACGAAGGUAUCCCAUUGCCUACCUCAUGUACGAAUACGCCCAGCCCAGUCCGAUACGACGAGCACCUCCAAACGAGCGCCAAGGCCGAUGACAAUGAGAGCUUCGUGGAAAUCAUGGACGGGCUUUCUGAUUCCCUCAUUCGGCAGCGCAUGCAGGCACUAACCCCAAACUAGUUAUAUUGGCUUUUCACCCGCGGCGCGUUU